GGGAUCGAGUCCGAAAGGUGGAACGUCACGUGACGCAGCUCCCUUUUUUCCCGCGCAGCCUUUUUAACCGUCUCCCCGGCAGACAGCCGGUAACAGAAAGCAGAUCGCUGCGGGCUCACUUCAUAGCACCGGUCACAAUGCUGCGAGAGGAGGAGGCCGAUCCGAUCCGCGAUCCUCACCCCGGUCUGGGUUUCCGCCUGGAGGCUCACCGUAUCGUCAGCAUCUCCCUGGGCAAGAUCUACCACUCCCGGGUGCAGCGCGGCGGCAUCAAGCUCCACAAGAACCUGAUGGUGUCCCUGGUCCUGCGCAGCGCACAGCAGGUCUACCUGAGCCAGGGCCCCGAGGAGCCCGAGUACCCGCUCUACCCGGGGGCCCCCCAGCUCUGCCGAGGCGGCGAGGACUGUACGUGCUCGGGGCCCCCGGAGGAGGAGCAGGAGGAGGAGAGCCCGGAGCCCCAGACAUGUUCCUGUCAGACAGCCCCCCGGGGGGUACCGUGCUCCUACCACACACGGUCUAUGCCUGAGCCCUGCCGCCUCUGCCCGACCGCCCACCCCGGCAACAACGACUACCGCCAAAGCCCCGAGUCCGAGCCCCCCAGCCCGCAGGAAUCCCAGCCCAGCAGCCCGGCUUGCUGCCGGAAGAGGAGCGGGGGCAGCAGCCCGGUGGAGGGGCCGGCCAUGAAGCGAGCGAGGCGGGAGCAGAGAGAGCAGGAGGUCCCGGAGCCCGGGGAGGAGGAGGAGGAAGAAGAAGAGGAGGAAAUGGAGACCGAGAACGUGGCCAACCUCAUCAGCAUCUUCGGUUCGAGCUUCUCGGGACUGCUCAGCAAGGAGGCAGCCGGGACAGAGCCCACCGAGGAGGUGACCGAGAUCCAGGAGAGAGACUCUGCUGCCCCCAGCGGCCAGGGCUGCAGUGACAGGGCGAUCAGCCCCAAUAUUACCCCAUGGAGCACAGCUAUAGAGGCCUUCUGAGCCCCCCCCCCCCCAAACCUAGGAACCCAAGAACUGGACUGAACCCCAGCAAAUAGACUAAUGGGGGGACGGACACAGAGCAAUGUUUAAAGGAGUAUGCCCUCUGUUAAAGGAUCUUGAUGCAGGGUUGAGCUGACCUGGAGCCAGACUGUGUUUUUGUUGUGUUCUAUUUUUAUUUUUUUUGUCCAGUUGUGAGUGGAAGAAAUGGUUUUGCUCUUUUUAUUCGUCUUUUCACUUCUUUUUCUGUGUUGGAUCUGUGGGUGAGAGGGACAGUUGGAAUCUUGCUCAAAGCACUUAAUGGGGGUUUGGAGGGGACAAGAUAUUGUUUAACCAUAUGAAUGCAGUAGGACUGUGACAGGAAAAGGGUUUAAGAUUUGUUUGUUUAUUAUCCCUCAAUGGGACUUGGACACUUUUAAAAGACAUUGAUGGUCAUCGUUGUGGUUUAAAUAUUCACAAUUUGUAAUCAGCUACUUUUUAUUUUCAGCGAGAAACAAAAUUAAUGGGUGUUGCAGGUCCUCCUGGAACUGGUGGUGCAGUAUGUUACAAAUCCAAAUUCAUGGGGUUUUGCAAAACUGAAAUGUUUGUAGUUGUUUAACCAAAUUGCAGUUUCAUCGUUGUAACAAUUGGUGCAAUGUGUAUAACCGUAGGGCAUUACAUCUGUCCAUCUGUGCCCCCCCCCCCCAAUCUCCUCCAAAUUCCAAAAUGUUUUCCCAUCCCCCAAUCUUAUCCUUUGGUCACCACGUGCAAGAGGAGUUCCCCAUCAAGAGAGGGGGAGGGAAGUUCCCAUCUGCUCACCCUUCUCUAUCCCACCCAUUGUGUUCUGGAGGCCCUGCAAGUUUGGUUUACAGAGCCACUCCUUCCUGUUUCAUGUCCUGACAUGUAAUACAUAUCGUUUAACUGACAAGGACAUUGGAAAUAUCCUACACUGCCCUGGCCACAUUUUUGGGGGGUUUCGGCCUCUGCUAUUAUGUAAUAUUUUUUUUAAAGUCCACAUGGAGGUCAGUGCAUCUACGUGCACAUUUAUUUUAAUUUUUUUGGUCUACUUGUACUAAGGGGGCUUUCCAGGAAUGGGUGGCUCAAGUGUAUUCAAAACAUGUGUAGAAUGUUAAGAUAUUAUCCAACUGUGGGUUAUUCAAUAAACUGUACAGAAUAAAAUUAGAAUUGCAAAAUAUAGGCUAAGGUAGUUGAGUUGGAACAAUUCUCCAGAUCAGCUAUUGCCUGGCUGUUUUAGCCUGAAUUUUGCUAUUCAUAUUUACAUUUGCUACAAUUCUGGAGUUUACUGAAUAACCCUGUGUACUUUUAACAGGUACUUUAAUGUAUUUUUGAUCCCUGCCACUAUUCCAUUCUAGCCUGAUUAUAGUGUCUGGCGGUUCUGUUUUGAAUUAAUGCAGUGACUGGGCCUAAACAGACAGAUGCCCUUUGACAAUCUAUUACAGCACCUAAAAAAAAUAAUGAAAACUGCAUAGUUUGCAAUCAUUUCCAAAAGAGGGCUAACCGUUUUGUUCCACUAUUGAUCAGUGAAAUUUUUCUGGCAGCCCAAAGUUGAAAUACCUCAUUUGUACCCAGAAACCUGCCAAAAUAGGAUUUUUUUUUUUCUGCUUUUCUUGAUGCACAGCAUUUCUUGGUACUGCCUUCUCCAAACAGCUCAUUGUGCAUCUUGUUUCUAAGCAUGAGGAAGUGACUGUUAAGUGUUCGUGCAAACAAGGUGGUAAAUCCCCUUGAUACGUAUAUUGUAUAUGUGUUUCUAAAAGCUCUGGUCAGACUUGGUGCUUGAUACAUUCAGCUCUGUUCAUGCUGCCAGAUCUUUCUGUCUUUGUUUUAGAAGGCAGAGUUUUCUGGUUUGAAGUAAUUAAAACAGCAGUUUACAGUAUUUUUAUGCGCAAUGCUGUAUCUUGAAUUUCUGUAUAAAAUGACGUUUCUACGUGUUUGACACGUAUUAAAUAUUUUGAAAUUUCA